ACCGCUGCCACCGCAGCCACCGCUGCCACCGCGCCGCCGUCGCUCUGCUCCACGCCUGCCCGCCUGCCCCACCGAGCCGCUGCCGCCCUCCAGCCACUCCACCUGUAAGAUGACCUACCGCUUCUGCCCAUCUCAGCUCUCCCUGGAUGCACUGGGUCCCGAGUGGGACUGCCCCCUGGGGUCCAAGGACCUGGAGGAAGAGGAGGGCCCAUGGGGAGGAGGCUCUGGCCUGCCACCCCCAGGUUGCUUCCCUGGCACCUGGCGCCACGAUGUAGGCCUGGACUGCAAAGGCUCCCUUGAGGGGGCGGAGGCCCGGGCCUGGACCGUCUACUACUACAGCCUCCUGCAGAGCUGUCUGCAGCAAGCUGGCCUUCCGGAGACCCAGGACCGCAGCCAUGUGCCCCGUACAGGCUGCCCUGGUGCGGAGGUGACCUUAUGCAUUCUGGGCUCCCCCAGUACCUUUCUGUCUGUGCUGCUGGAGGGUGGGGUCCAGAGCCCGGGAAACAUGCUCCUUUGCCUGUCCCCUGCUUGGCUGACAAAGGUGCCAGCACCUGGACAGCCGGGUGAGGCGAUCCUGCUGGUCUCUAAGGCUGUGAGCUUCCAUCCAGGGGGCCUGACAUUCUUGGAUGACUUUGUCCCCCCACGCCGAGCCACCUACUUCCUGGCGGGCCUGGGGCCGGGACCUGGCAGGGGUCGAGAGGCAGCUGAACUUGCCCGUGACCUGACCUGCCCCACAGGAGCCUCGGCUGAGCUGGCGAGGCUCUUGGAGGACAGGCUGCUGACAAGGCGACUGCUGGCUCAGCAGGGUAGUGUGGCUGUGCCAGCUACCCUGGCUUUCACCUAUAAGCCACCAGCACUGCUGCGGGGAGGGGAUGCCAGCCCAGGACUACGGCUGGUGGAGCUGAGCGGCAAAGAAGGCCAGGAGACGCUGGUGAAGGAGGAAGUUGGGGCCUUUCUGCACUCUGAGGCCCUGGGGGAUGCCCUGCAGGUGGCUGUGAAGCUCAGUGGCUGGCGCUGGCGGGGGCAGCAGGCACUGCGUCUGUACCCACGAGUAGAGCUGGGGACAGUGGUCGACACCGUGCUGGCGCUGCUAGAGAAACUGGAAGAGGAAGAGAGUGUCCUGGUGGAGGCUGUGUGCCCACCUGCCCGGCUGCCCUUCCCAGGCAGUCCCCCACCUGGCCCCGGGCUGGCUGUGCGGAUCUGUGCUGUGGUAUGUCGCACACAGGGUGACAAGCCCCUGCUGAGCAAGGUGGUGUGCAGCGUGGGCCGUGAGGACCGGCCUCUGCGGCACCAGAGCGCCUUGCCACAGACGCUGGAGAUGGCACUGGCCUGGUGCGGCCUGGGUGAGACAGCGCAGGUGGCGGUCGUGCGGCAGCGCGUCAAGGCGGCGGCCGAGGCCGCGCUGGCCGCCGUGCUGGCCCUGGAGGCCGGCCUGAGCUCUGAGCAGCGCGGCGGGCGCCGGGCCCGCACCGACUUCCUCGGCGUGGACUUCGCGCUGACGGUGGCAGGCCGCACGCUGACCCCCGUGGCCCUGGAGCUGAACGGCUGCCUGUGUCUGGAGGCGUGCGGCGCGCUCGAGGGGCUGUGGGCCGCGCGGUCGGCUGCGGCGGAGGAGGCGGCGGCCGCGCCGCUCGUGGAGACCAUGCUGCGGAGCUCGGCGCGCUACCUCAUGGAGGGCAAGCAGCUGCUGCUAAUCGGCGCGGGCGGCGUCAGCAAGAAGUUCGUGUGGGAGGCAGCGCGAGACUACGGGCUCAAGUUGCACCUGGUGGAGUCAGACCCCAACCACUUUGCAUCCCAGCUGGUGCACACUUUCAUCCACUUUGAUGUGACGGAGCACCGGAGGGAUGAAGAGAAUGCACGGUUGCUGGCAGAACUGGUGCGGGCACGUGGCCUGCAGCUAGAUGGCUGCUUCUCCUACUGGGAUGACUGCCUAGUGCUCACGGCCUUGCUCUGCCAGGAGCUGGGUCUGCCCUGCAGCCCACCAGCUGCCAUGCGCUUGGCCAAGCAGAAGAGUUGCACCCAGCUGCACCUGUUGCGCUGCCAUGGCCCACCCUGGCCUGCACCCUCCCUCCACGCUGUGCCCUGUUGCCCACUGGAGAGUGAAGCUGAUGUGGAGAAGGCCGUCCAUCAGGUGCCCCUGCCAGGUGUCAUGAAGCUGGAAUUUGGGGCAGGUGCAGUGGGUGUGCGGCUGGUGGAGGAUGCACCACAGUGCCACGAACAUUUUUCCCGGAUCUCUCGUGACCUGCAGGGUGAAGCUGACCACCCUGGCAUUGGGCUGGGCUGGGGCAAUGCCAUGCUGCUGAUGGAGUUUGUUGAGGGCACCGAGCAUGAUGUGGACCUGGUGUUGUUUGGUGGGCGACUGUUGGCUGCCUUCGUCUCCGACAAUGGCCCCACAAGGCUGCCUGGCUUCACUGAGACGGCAGCCUGCAUGCCCACGGGGCUGGCAGCAGAGCAGGAGGCACAGCUGGUGCAGGCAGCCUUCCGCUGUUGCCUGGGCUGUGGGCUGCUGGAUGGGGUCUUCAAUGUGGAGCUCAAGCUGACUGCGGCGGGGCCGAAACUCAUUGAGAUCAAUCCCCGCAUGGGUGGCUUCUACCUGAGAGACUGGAUCCUGGAGCUCUAUGGUGUGGACCUACUGCUGGCUGCAGCUAUGGUGGCCUGCGGCCUGCGGCCUGCCUUGCCUAUGCGCCCACGUGCCCGUGGCCACCUGGUGGGUGUCAUGUGCCUAUUGUCCCAGCACCUGCAGGUGCUGAGUUCUACCGCCAGCCGUGAGAGCCUGCAGGCUCUUCAUGACCAGGGCCUAGUGCGCUUCAAUUUGCUGGAGGAGGUCCUGGUGCCAGGUGAAUAUGAGGAGCCCUACUGCAGUGUGGCCUGCACUGGGUCCAGCCUGGCUGAGGCUCGUCUCCGCCUGCUGGGCCUCUGCCAGGGUCUGGGUAUUGAUGGGCCCCACUACCCUGUUGCCUACUUCCUGUCCCACUUCAAAUAGUGCCUCUUUUCUUGUAGCCCUGCCCCAACCUUGGCCUGGCUCACUCCAAGGCCUCAGGUCUGUUCCAGAGUGGCAGGGCCAUUUGACAUUAAGGCCUCCUGGGCUUGAGGGCCACUAAAGAAAGCAUCUGGGGGGCCACUGGCCUCUCUUGAUCUCUAUCCAGCCCAAAGAUCCCAGUCCUGCCCCCAAGACUCUAGCCAUGGAGAAGCAACAACAGCUGCACACAUGCAUACACCUCCGGGUUGGUGGGAGUGGGCCCAGACUUAGCUCAUCUUUGUCAUCCUUCCAGGUCUGUCUCUCUUCCUGCAGCCUACAGGAGGAGAGAUGCUGGGUGGCCCCUGGCCUUGGCCAAAUCCCACAAAAGCCUGAGACUAAACGCCCUGUCCUCUUACCCUCACCCCUCAUUUAGCAAAUUCUGGUAUAUUUCUAAAGCCUGCUGACAGCUUUUGGCAGUGCCCUGCCUGCCUUACUUGGCCUGAGCAGUAGAAGCAGGUAACUUGGGGUCAGCAGGAACCAUUUCCUCUCCAGGCAGACACUAUUACCCCAGUCUGCAGAUGAGGAAACAGGCUCAGAGAGGAACAACCCCUGCCUCGGGGUCAUACCACAGUAGCUGGACGGUCAAGGGACAAGACACAAGGUCCAGGUUUCCAUUUUUACUAAGUCUUAAGUGCCCACUCACCUUCUAAACCCCACUCACCUCCCUGCCCUCAUUCAUAUGUGGCCUUCAGAUGAGUGAAGCACACACCUUCUCCAUCAAGCUUUGGUGCUUUGACCUCUGGCAUAACUAACUAGCCUUGGCAGAGGAGAGUCUACACUCCCUAGUUCAGGGGAGACUGCUUCAGUAACUGCCUCUGUGCAGCACAAGAGCUGUGGCUAGCUCCACAAGCAUGCCUCUCCAAAUAAAGGCUUAUGAACUAAUUAAA